AUGGUGGAAGCAAGCCCUCUCCCCUCUCUCGGGGCUGCUGGGGCCGCCGCUGCGAAGUUCGUGACCGCCGCACCCAUCAUCAUUGCGAAUAAUGGCGUCAACUACGAAGAAACCGCGACCGGAGGCGCGGUACAAUACAACGACCUGCGCGACCCUUUCUAUGCCUCCAUUUUCCCCGUCUGCUAUGCACUCGCCGCGACGACCGUGACCGCAUACAUGCUCGUCAUCAUGCUCUUCAUCACGCCUCGGUCUUUUCUCGACGGUGGAGUCGUGUACCUAGGCCGACGCGGGUUCACCAGUGGUGGGACGUCGAACGGAAUCAGCAUCGGAGGACGACCAUGGCUGCAGAAAGUGGCCGCAGUAACCGUUGCGAUUUCUCUUACAAUAGCCAGCGCCGACACGUUUAAAGUGGCGGAGCAACAGUACCAAUGGGCAAUCCAGGACGCCAAAAAGAUGCAGUCGGAGGUUAUGGACGGCACCGAACUGAAGGUCAUUCGCCUGAUUUCCGAUACGUUCUUGUGGCUGGCGCAAGCCCAAACUCUCAUCCGCCUCUUCCCGCGCCAGCGGGAAAAGGUUAUUAUCAAGUGGACUGCAUUCGCUUUGAUCACGCUGAACCUCAUCUUCAGCGCCCUCAACAGCUUUCAGUACCCCACUAGCGGAAGCAACGGUAACGCCCGUCCUCGAAGCUUCGUCGACGCCGUCCCCGCUCUCAGCUACCUAUUUCAACUCUCCCUUGGCCUCUUAUACGCCGCUUGGGUUAUCUACUACUCGCUCAUGAAGAAGCGAUACGCGUUCUAUCACCCGUUGAUGAAGAACAUGGUUUUGGUUUCCACCCUCUCCCUCUUCGCCAUCCUCGUCCCGGUCUUUUUCUUCGUGCUGGAUAUGGCACAGCCGGAAUUCACCGGAUGGGGAGACUACGUCCGCUGGGUUGGUGCCGCAGCUGCCAGUGUGGUUGUUUGGGAAUGGGUGGAGAGGAUCGAAGCGUUGGAGAGAGAAGAGAAGAAGGACGGCAUUCUCGGACGCGAAAUCUUUGACGGAGACGAGAUGCUGGAAGUAUCCGCCUCGGAGUUCCCGUGGCUCAGGAGAAGGAAGAACAGGAACGGUGGCCGAGACGGAGGCGAUGGCGGCCAAGACGGCCCUCAAGGUGGUGCCGGCGCUCAAGGUCCUCCUGCUAGUGGCAGAGCCAACCUCUGGCCCGGCAUGACACAAAUCGCCUCCAGGUACCGCGGCAACCACGCCCACGCCAACGCCAACGCCGAACCGAACAACGCCCAGAACGGCCAAAGAUCCAUGGGUGGCCUAUUACGUCCGCCGGUGUGGCCCUCCCGACCCGCUCCGGCAGUGACUCCCGUGAGCCGAACCGAUACGGCAAGCGCGGCGAGCACCGUAUAUGCCGUGAGAUAUCAACUGCCAUCGGAAACAACCUCGCGGACGCCGGAAGCGGCUCCUCCCCAGGUCGUUGCCCAGACUCAACGCAAUGGAGCAGUUGCCAUGUCCAGAAGCAACUCGACAUCUUCGAGGAGCGAGUCGACGGCUAGCGACGAUGAGCCCUCGAUGGCGGCUCCCGUCCCUAGACAAGCAACCCACAAGGCUGUUGAAAUCGACACCGAGGCACAGGAAGACAUUACUGCGAGGGGCAGGAACGGAUGGAGAUCACUCGUUGCCAACCCUCUCUUCCGGCGGACUGCUCGCGACCCCCCCGCCGAGGUGAUGGCUCACGCCGAGUCCAAGCCGGAGGUUCGUGGUGGUCACGAUGAUACUGGAAGAUGGGAUCUCCGGGCCCGCCUGGAAGACUUCGCCGCGACACAAGCCGAGAAGAUCAGAGAAAAGAUGCGCCCAACCCCCGAGACAGACAGUCUACCAGUCACCGUGAUCCCCGCACCGCCGAGGCAAGGAGCAGCACUGGCCGAGCUGCUGGAAGAGGAGAGAGGUCAAGAACCCCCCGAGCGUGCGGCGCUCGAAAGAACCACGAGCGACGCCUCUGCGCUCUCUCCCCACCCUGCCGGCGCGCUCGGCAGGACAACCAGCAACUUCUCUUACCAGUCUCGUGUCGCGAACCAGCCAGAGUCGGCCACUCUUCAGCUGAGCAGACCGCCCCUCUGGCCCGGUGUACGACCUCAACACCAGGAGUACGAGCCUCCUUCGCCCAGCCCGCCCUCCAAUGGCCGGGGACUCGGGGACGACAUGGGCCCGCCGCCUACUCCCUGA